AUUUGACAUCAAGUAGUGUAAUUGGCCCUGCCAUAAUCGUACAUUUAUUUUACAAUAAGCUUCAAAAACUCAUUUUAUAACUAGUUGCAGUUCAACGAGGUCCCACAUACAACAUGGCUUUCAAUUCAGCUCCGCAUCGCAAAGCGAAGCCAACCCGCUUGAAGAAUCCUUUGGUGAUCCCUACGUAUCAACAACAGGGAACCGAUUGUGGGCUGCCCAAGGAAAAAGUUCCUAAACGGGGUACCAGAAACGGGGCACUAUCCAAGGCGCAGGCACCAGAACCAACUUCCAAGGAUACCAUUCACGAUAUGACCAGGAUAAGUAACCACAUUGGUCUGGCCCAGGCCUCCAAAAAUCCGAUCAGAGCUGCUGGAGGAGGAAAUGCUCAAGUGGCUCCGAAGUACCAGAGCACGGGUAAUGUGGGCAGCCAGCCAUUAAACACUGUUCGGUCUUCAGUCCCUAGAACCAGUCAUCCCAAACCGACUCCCAAGGAGAUAAGGGAUUGUAAGGAAACCAAGGAACUCGUCUUCAAGGAACUCAAGGAGAUCCGAGCUCCCAAGGAACCCAAGAGUUUUAGGCAUUUUAAAGAGCCCAAAGACCAGAAGGAACCCAAGGAGCCUAAGGAACCGAUGGAGUCCAAGGAUCAGAAGGCAAGGGGAGCCGAUAAAUCGCCCAAUAUUACCCAUCGUACUGCCCGCCACAACACCAAUCGCACCAAGAACUACUUCGACAAGUAUCUGAAGUUCGCCUUUGAUCUGAGCACUCCCGAAGGUGUCCAAAAACUGGAGGCUCACUUUUUUCCGGACCAGGACCCCACUGCCUCUGGCAGCUCCAACGUUAACAGGGAGGAGUAAAUAAGCCCCGAAUACAAAUACUAUUGUGAGCUUGUACAAUACGAAUGAAUUCGCACACAAAUUUGAAGUACUUAUUGAGUUAAUCCUAAAUUUCAGCGAUUUAUUCAUUUGAAAUUACUGUGAUUGCAAAAUGUUAAAUUAGUAAAUAAUAAUAUAAUUCGGUCGAUUUCUCAGAUUA